AUGCCUGACCUAGAAGAACGGAUGGAGGAGAUGCCAGAGGAUCUUUAUAAGGAGAUUGCCCGUGAGGUCGAUCGGAUGAUCGGCACUUAUUUGACUCUGUCAGAGAGUGAAACUACCUUUAGGAUGGCCAAACGUAAGCUUUUGGAUGAUUACGAAGCAUUUGAGAGAGAAAGAGAGGCUGAAAGGAGAGUAAGAAGGAGGGGAGACGAUGCGGCGGCAGGAGACGUGCCUGAGAUCACAGUUCAGUCUCCAUCUUCUGCAGGUCAGCCCGAGGAAAGUACCGUUAAUCAGGACGAAGGGCAACAAGAUGAUGAGCUGGAUAUGGGUAUGCUAGGCUACAAUCCGACAGCAUCACACUCAAGCCCUGUACGAGAGCGACCCUCGCCCACAGCUCCCGAUAUCGAUCUCAACUUCUCGGACUUCAGAAUACCGUCAUCGGAACAGAGUAGGGGGAGUCGCGGAAGUCCAUCCAGUCUAGGCUUUUUGAACAAUUACUCCUCUUCACCGCUGGCGCGGCCGUCGAAUCCGACGCCUCGUCGUGGUCGUGGAGGUCCUUACAGUAGCGAUGAUACGCCUUCGCCACAACGCAACAACCCUGUAGAUCUUUCUAGUGAAGAUGUUCCAUCUGGCGAAGACGAACAGCCAAUGGUCCGUCCAUCGAAUCCCAUACCGCGCCGUGCCCAAGGCUCUAUAGAUGUACAAGUCGACACGCCACGACCGAAGACUGCGCGUGGGAACAGAUUCGACCUGAAUCUGAACAGUCAUGACAUUCGUACUCCUGUUGUCUCUCAAAACGACGACGUACCAGUGCAUGGAUCACCUCGACCGCUCAUCACCACCAGAGACAUCCGUGAGCGUCGCGAAAAGCAACAAAGUCGCAAGCUUAAUAGACAAAUCCAGAGCGAGAGAAACGAGCGUCGUAAUUUUCGGAAGCAUAUACCGCCGAUUGACGAUCAACUGCGUGAGGAUGAAGAAGAGCCACUCGCUGAGGCAGUGGAGGCGCGAAGACAAGAAGCACCUCCUGAGCCCAGUCGAAGUGAGAUACCAUCCAGAUUCGCAUCGAUCGAUCCAGAAGUUGAAGAAGAUGAUGAUAGGGUGCACUUCGAAGACGAGACCGAAUAUUCCACGUCAGCAGAAGCUAUCGUUACCGCCUCACCAGCAGUCCGCCACGACAACCCAUUGCCUGCUACUGUGGCUCAAUCUUCUUCACCGAUAUCAAGGCUAUCACCUCAGGCAGCGACCAAAGGCCAAUCGCGAAGGUCGGCGGCUCCAAGCCCACCAGAGAGGUCUACGAGGAAGGCUGCAAAGACGCCAGCAGCUAAGACGCCGCCUAAAACACCUGCGAAGACACCUGUGAAGCAAAAGGCUCCACCGACAGUCGGGACGCGGAGGAGUGGAAGAAUUGCAAAGUUGAAGGAUGGGAAGAAGUGA